CCACCGUCACGUCCCCGUAUAUACGUACACGAAUUCCCAUCCGAAGCGCGGCGAGAGAAAGAGGAGGGCAGAGGAACUGGGAAGGGACCUCGGUAUCUCCUCGCCACCACCGUGUACGCUUCCUCGAUUCGAGCUGAGAUCUAGGGUUUCUGGGGCCAGGCCUAGGGUUCCGAUCGCUCUGCUGUAACGAUGCUCUCAUUGAGGGAGAAGGUGGCGGACAAGCUCUAUCGUCUUCUUGCGGACUCGCCAUCCUCGCCUUCCCCUCCGACUGCCGACUCCCCCAUCGCUCGCGACGAGUCUCAGGCAGUGUCCUUUUCUUCAGAGGAAUUUACCACUUCCAAGACAUCUACUUUCUCUUCAUACAUUUUAUCUCUUCUCCCUACAAGAUCUGACAUUGAUGCAGAGAAGCCAAAUUCACCUGCUCGUCGACACAGUAGAAGAACAUUAUCGUCUUGCUUGUUGCCUGCACCAUUGGAUUGUAGUGAGGACUCCAGAAAUGAAAGUGAUGAAACAGUUGAGAUUUUGAAAGAAAAGCUAGACCAUGUCUCCGAAAGGAAUAUUAACAGAUCUAAUGGAACUGAAGAAGCAUCAACUUCACAUGAUUCUGGAGAAUAUGUUUCAUAUCUUUCAGAAAAGUCUGCAUUUAUAUCUGCAGAUUUGUUUGAGUUUUUGCAGUCAUCCCUCCCUAAUAUUGUGAAAGGGUGCCAAUGGGUUUUGUUGUAUAGUACGUGGAGACAUGGGAUAUCACUUCACACGCUUCUUCGUAGGAGUGUUAAUCUCCCGGGCCCAUGUUUACUAAUUGCAGGGGAUAUGAAAGGUGCUAUAUUUGGUGGUCUGUUGGAUAGCCCUCUAAAACCUACAGCCAAAAGAAAAUACCAGGGGACAAACCAAACAUUUGUAUUUACUACCAUUUAUGGGGAGCCAAGACUCUUCAGAGCAACCGGUUCAAAUCGGUACUAUUACUUGUGCUUGAAUGAUCUAUUGGCAUUUGGUGGGGGUGGGAACUUUGCAUUACGCCUUGAUGAAGAUUUAUUACAUGGAAUGAGUGGCCCGUGCGAAACCUUUGGGAACUUAUGUUUGGCUCAUAGCGAAGAAUUUGAAUUAAAGAAUGUUGAGCUAUGGGGUUUCGCUCAUUUGUCACAAUAUCGCACAUAACUGUUGGUAGGAUGCCGUUACUUUUGUUGUAUAUCAUUUUGUUCGUUGGUUUCUACGUUUCUUUAGGGCAAGGAUCCUCAUUUGAAUUGCUUUUGUUGCAAAAUUUCUUUAGUUGGAUGUCAUUUGAUGUGUUGCCAUCUUCAAUUCUGGGUAACCUGUCGAAGUCUGUGGAGAGGUUGUACUCUAAUUCUUUGUUCUCGAGUGGUUAUGUUGAGCCUUUUUAUGAUCCGCCUGUUGAAUGAUCACAAGCACAAAAAGAUUAAAAAAAAUCAAGUGCCAUCCCGGGAUCCGUUGAUGGUCUUAUUGGUUGUGGGGAUAAAGAAUCAUGCCAGAGAUCUAAAUAAAGAUCUGCAGUUGCUUCUAUGGUUCCAUGCUUGACAUUCACGGGAGGUAUUUUCCAGCUGGUUGGUCUUGUCUAGAUAGAGGUGAACGAUAUGAUGAUCUAUCUGGCAGUGGUGAACUAUAUGAUGAUCUAUCUUCGGUGGCUGCUCCAGUGUGAUUUUUAGGCCACUGUCAAUUUGUAGGUAACUUUUGAUUUUAUAAUUUAGAUUCAAAUUAUUGCUUGAAA